AUGCCGGAGGCCAAGCACAAAAAGACAGAGGGCUCUCCCCCAACCGCGGAGCAUGCAUGUCGCAAGAUGGUGGAUCGCGGCUGGGCCGGGCCCUACCUGCGCUACAUCAACAUCCUCCCCGAGGAGGGUGUCUGGCUGGGAUCGGUUCUGCUCCUCGUGCGCAGUGAGCGCCUGGGCGCCUCACGCACGCCCGCCCAGCCCCCCGCCGAGUCUGCCGACCGCCCCACCAGGCCAGGGGACACCCAGUCCCAUGACAUCACCGCUGAGAUGGUGAUGUGGGAGGCUGAUGGCAAGGAACAGGGCCAGAGCACCUCCCAGGGGGUGCUGCUGACCGAGGUGGAGGGGUGGCAGGCCUGGCGCUUCGGCAUCAGCCUGUCGCUGCACCGCUCCCAGCGCCCCAUUGCCUACCAUGUCGCCGUGGGGCCUGUGCAGACGGAGCAGUGCGUGUUCUGGAUUCCAGGGGGCGGCCAGCCCAUGCACUGGGGCUACACCUCCUGCAACGGCCUCAGCUCGGAUGUUCCCGAGGAUGCGCCCGAGAGGCAGGAUGCGACAUACCUCUGGCGGGACCUUCUACAGCUGCACGACGCCUACCCCAUGCACUGCCUCUUUGGCGGAGGUGACCAGGUUUACAAUGACUUGGUGUGGUCUGAGCCUUCGCUCAAAGAAUGGGGAAAUCUGGAGGACAGGGAGGCAAAACUGUCGGCGAACUGGACGCCUGAGAUGGAGGGUGAGGCCACCGAGUUCUACUGCCGGAACUACAUCGACACCUUCUCCACCACCCACAUUGCCACGGCCAUGGCAUGCAUCCCACAGCUCAUGCAGUGGGAUGACCAUGACAUCUGGGAUGGCUGGGGUUCGUACCGCGAGGACGUCCAGUCCUGCUUUGUGUUCAAGGGCCUGUUCCAAGUGGCGAGGCGCUUUUUCCUCCUGUUCCAGAAGCACACCACCGUGGAGCGGGUCGACAAGGAGGGCGAGUUCCUCAAUAAAGGGAGCUACCACAGCGUGCAUUACCUGGGUCCCACUGUUGCACUUUUCUCUGUGGACAUGAGGACCCAGCGGACCCGCUCCGUCUGUGUGCCAGAGAUCCCCUCCAUGGAGCUCCUGCUGCGUGGACUCGAGCACGCCAUCAACCGCUUCAACUGCCUCCUGGACCUGACAAAGAAGACUGGCCUGGUGGACCAAUUUGAUCAGCCCGAGAUCCUGGACGACCUGCAUGACGGAUGGAUCGCAGACCUGCACAGUGAGGAGCGCAUCCGCUUCAUCCAUCUGAUGCAAGACAUGGCGACCUCUCGCCAGCUCAGGGUCAGCAUCCUCUCUGGCGACGCGCAUGUGGCGGGCAUAGGACGACUGUACAGCCACCCAAAGUACAAGAACCUCGAGAAUGACCCGCUCUUCAUGCCUCAGAUAACCUCCAGCGCCAUCGUGAACGCGCCUCCCCCCAACCCGGUGGUCCGCACCCUCACCCGCCUCAACUUCUCAAAGAAGAUCGAUGGGAAGACCAAGCAGAAGAUGGUGCGCGCCUUCUGGCCACGCCACCCGCGCGUGGACAAGCUGCUUGCAUACCGGAACUGGUGCGACGUGUCGCUGGUGGCGCCACCCUUCAGCGCACCCAUGGUCCCGGGGGAGGCAGACCACGGCGCGUUGCGCUUUGUCCUGCGGGUGGAGAGGCCCAAGCAGAGGCUGGGCUUUGCAGAGGAGACGUACACCAUCGCCGUGCCACGCUUCGUGCCGGACAAGCGGUCCGAGAGGCUGACGGGCGACACCGAGGCGACGCGGCAGCGUGCGCUGCGAGCGCUGGCGGCCGCUGGGGUGGCCUUGCCGGCCGUGUUCUUCUCCCUCAACCCUUCCAAACAGGGUAGCCCCCAGGCGGAGCCCGUGGAGGAGGAGACGGAGGUGAACCUGGAACCCAGUGGCGGACUGAAUGGCAGGCGAGCCGGCCCCCAGUAUGCAUGA